UCAAACCUUCAAUUCCUGUUUUUGUUUUUUUUGUUUCCUCCAGUUGUUCUGUCGACCACUAAGUUUUCAUCAACAAUAUCUUUACGGUUCCAUUUAAUUCCUUUCAACUUUGUAGCCAAUAUCAGACGCCGGUCUAUUGCUUAAGCAUUUCCUCUGCUUUUCUUAUAUUCUGAAAAAACAAUGUUAAUUCUUCGUUUUUAUUUAUUGAUUUCUACUCGAAGCUUGCUUUGCUAAACUUCUCAACUCAAAAGAAAAAAAAAAAAAAAAAAAAAAAAGAAUUGCCCCCUCAAAACGAAAAUUAAAGGAAAGCUACAAAGGGAUUGCAUACUCGAUCGAUUUGCUACUGGUGUUCAUAAGAGAUCAGCUUGACGGAACAAAAAGAAAAAGAAAGAGAGUACUUGGGAGUAGUAAUCAAGCAGUGGCCAUGGAGUUUCUUGCUGCAAUUGUCGGUUCAAUUAUUGGAAAAAUUGCCGGGUGCACUAUUGAACCAAAUGGCCGCCAGUUUGGUUAUCUCUUUUACUACGAAUCCAAUAUCAACAAUCUCAAAACACAAUUUCAACAUCUGAAGGAUACCAAACAAGAUUUACAACACACCCUUGAUGUGGCAACAAGAAGAGGUGAAGAAAUUAAACAAAGCAUCAAGAAUUGGUUGAGCCAAAUGGAUAGCAUCUCGGAAAUGGUGGAAAACUUUCUAAGUGAUCAUGAAGGCCAAGCGAAUACAGGGUGUUCCAUUAAGUCUUUUCCUAAUUUAGUGCUACGUCAUCGACUCAGCAGGAGAGCCAAGAAGAUGGCUCAGUCUGUUGUUGAGAUCAAAGAAGCCGCCAGCAAAUUCGGUAAGGUUUCCAAAGUUCCAAUUCUACAGAAUAUUUUGGAAACCAAAGGCUACAUGGCCUUUCACACAAGAAAUUCGAUUUUGAAAGGAAUUAUGGAAGCAUUGCGGAAUAAUGAUAUCAGAAUGAUUGGAGUUUAUGGCAUGGCAGGUGUGGGCAAAACCACACUAGCUAAAGAAGUUGCCAAACGUGCCUUGGAAGCCAAGUUAUUCAAUGAUGCUGUUGAGGUCGCGGUAUCUGCAUUUCCAAAACUUGAAAAGAUUCAACAAGAGAUCGCAGACAGGCUAGGUCUAAAAUUCGAUGAGGAUGGUGUAAAGGCACGAGCAGUUCGAUUAAGACAUCGAUUGAGAACAGAAGAAAACUUCCUCAUAAUUCUAGAUGAUGUCUGGAAGAAACUGGACUUACUUGAUAUAGGAAUAUGCUUCGAGGAUGUUCAGAAGGGAUGCAAGAUAUUGAUAACUUCAAGAUAUCAAGGUGUGUUAGAAGAUGAUAUGGAUGUGGAUAAGAAUUUCAAAGUUGAACUUCUAUCAGAUAGUGAAGCAUGGAGUUUCUUUUCGAAGAUGGUGGGGGAUAACUUGUUAUCUGAUGAAAACUCUGAUGAGUUCAAACAUUUGACAACACAAAUUGUUAAAGAAUGUGCAUGCUUACCACUGGCGAUCAUGACAGUUGCCCAUGCUUUGAAAAACAAAGGAAUACACCUUUGGAAGGAUGCGUUGAGACGACUUCGGAGGUCCUCCAUGGAUGAAAAGGUGUAUUCAAGUGUAAAGCUAAGUUAUGAUUUUUUAGAAAAUGGAGAGGCAAGGUUGAUAUUGUUGUUUGUAGUCUAUAUGAAGAAGAUGCAGAAAUAUCAAUCAACGACUUGCUGAAUUUGUGUGUUGGAUGGGAUUUGUUCAAAGAUGUCUAUACUCUUGAAGAAUCGAGAAACAGGUUGCAGACAUUGCUGGAUGAACUGAAAUCUCGUUGCUUGUUGUUGAAAGGUAAUGAGCGUGAUUUAGUGAAGAUGCAUGAUGUGAUUCACGAUGUAGGAAUAUCGAUUGCUGCAUCGGAAGAUUUCAAAAUGUAUAAUAUCAGAAGUAAUGAUGAGUUAAAAAAGUAUCUAGAGGACAGCAACAAACUCAAAGACUCCAUUGCAAUUUCACUUGGUGCCACCGUUGAGCAUCAAUUUCUACCAUCGAGUUUGAAUUGUGCCGAGCUCCGCUUGCUUUCGAUGGCAAGAGAACAUUGUUCCCUUCCAGACAACUUUUUUGAAGAAACGAAAGAGCUCAGAGUCUUGAACCUGUCAUUUCUAAGUUUGGAAACAUUUCCUUCCUCCUUUCUUUGCCUUGAGAAUCUUCAGGUCUUGCAUUUGUUUCGAGUUGAAAUAGAAGACAUACACAUGAUUGGAGAGCUAAAGAAAUUAAAAGUUCUUGACCUUGGGGGAUCCCAAAUGAAGAAACUGCCAGAGCAAAUAGGACAAUUGACACGUUUAUGUAAGCUGGAUUUGAGUAAUUGUUACAAUCUCAAAGUGGUUCCACCGAAUGUGAUAUCAAGAUUGGUUAAUUUAGAAGAGUUGAAUAUGCUGCACAGCUUUAAUAAUUGGAAGGCUGAAGGAGAAGUCUUUGAUGAAAAUACUAGUAGUAGUGCCAGCCUUAGUGAGGUAAAGAAUUUGACUAGGUUGACCGCUUUAUAUUUAGAGGUACCACAUGUCAACAUGCUGCCCAAAGAUUUGUUUAGUACAAAAUUGGAAAGAUAUUACAUACCUUUAGGGGGUUGGGGGGUAGACAUUAUGGAAGGUUCAAGAGGAUUGAGACUCAAUUUUGAAUUCGAUACAAGAAGGCUAUUAAAGGAGUGUGGUUUUCAAAUGCUGUUGAAAAGGUCAGAAAAUCUGCACCUAGAGAGAUUUCAUGGUUUGAAAAACAUUGUUUGUGACUUAGAUAAGGAGGGUGGUCUUUCACAUUUGAAAGCUCUCAAAGUCAAUGGGAAUCAUGAAAUCCAAUACAUCGUUGACUCCUCACCAAUGGAGCCCAAUCGUCUUUCUGAUCAUAGCAUCUUACCGAGUUUAGAGACAUUUGAGUUUGUUGGAAUGGAGAACUUAGAAAAGAUAUGCCAUGGGGAACUCAAAGGUGCAAAGUCACUUCGAAAACUAAGACAGGCCAAUGUGGAUCUCUGUAAGAAAUUGAAGAAUUUGUUACCAUUCUUCAUUGCCAACAAUCUUGAGAAAAUUAAAAUAUUCCAUUGCCUCCAGAUGGAAGAGAUAGUUACAUUAGAUAGCCAAGAUGUAAUAAACUUUGAAGCAGUGGAUCGAAUUGAAUUUCCUAAUCUUAAGUAUAUGCAACUUUGGAAUCUACCACAACUUACUCGAUUCUGCUCGGAGACUGACACAAGUACUGGUAAACCAGAUCAAGGCCAAGAGGGUAAGGAGCAAUUGUAUCAUUCGGAUUCUUCCACCACACUUUUCAACCAAAAGGUUGCUCUUCCAAGCUUAGAAGUCUUGGAUUUGGGAGGGCUGCAAUUCAAAAGGAUAUGGGCAGACCAACUUCCGCAAACAUGUCAAAAUUUAAGAGAGUUGUCUGUUUACUGGUGCAAUAGUUUAAAGUAUCUGUUAUCUUUCGCUAUUGCCAGAUACCUUGUACAACUUGAGAAGUUGAUUGUGGAAGAAUGUGAUGACAUGGGAAAGAUAAUAAUCAUAAAGAAACCAACAGUCACCCUUGACAAUUCUGAUGAUCAAUUAGAUAUAAUUGAGUUUCCUGAACUAAAAAUCAUACAUCUUCGAUAUCUACCCCAGAUUAUUCAAUUCUGCUCGCAGUCUUGUGAAGGCCAAGGGAGUGACUAUGAGCAGGUGUUGUUGGCAGAUUCUGCAUGCUCACUUUUCAACGAAAUGGUUGCGUUCCCUAGCUUAGAACAGCUAUUUUUAUGGAAUCUGAAAUCCGUCAAACGGAUAUGGCCAAACCAGCUUCCAGAAACAUGUAAGAUGCAUAAUUUGAAAACAUUGCAUCUUAGGUGCUGCAAGAGCUUAAAGUAUGUUUUACCAUUUGCAAUUGCCGAAAGCCUUGUACAGCUUGAGAAGUUAAUAAUUAGUCAAUGUGAGGGGCUGGAAGAGAUAAUAAUGAUAAAGGAAUCAAAAGAAGAAGUUGAAAAGAUUGACAAAAUGCUGCUCUCUAAACUAGAAUAUGUAGAUCUAAAGAAUCUCCCAAAUCUUACAAGAUUCUGCUCUAUUGAAACUAAUAUCUGUGGCCUUAACUUCAUACCCGUAGUUUAUAUAAGUGAUUGCCCAAAGCUGUUUAGUCGCACUGCUAAGGAAGAAGAAGACAAGCAUAUGGACUUGCAAGAGAAGAUCAGUAUGCGUUCACCUUGCGCUGAUAAAAAAGGUUGAGUAUUUUUCCGCUGGCUUGGGCAUGUCAUCUCUUAAUUAUGUAUGAAGAGUACCGUAUGAUUCCCUUGUGCCUAAUUGGUCUACCCAUAUCCUUUUGAAUUCCAACUUAUACAAUUCCAAGACUGUUGAAGUAUAACCCCUGUGCUGACGUGGAAAAAGCUGCUGACGUGGAUAAGUGAGGCUGCAAGGUGGAAUCCAUGCUGGCUUAUAUGCCAGGUGUCACUGAGUGUGUAAAACAAGAAAUAUGCGUGCAUGAAAGUGUGAGUGGAAGAAUUUUAUUAAAAUAAAAAAAAAAAUAGAAUUGUAAUCAUUACAAGAGAAUGAUGUAAGAAAAUGAUAUAUACUGUUAUAUUGAAUAUUGAAAAAGUAAUACAAGCUGAGCUCACACAAUUCUCUUC